AUGUCUGGGUUAAGAGACGUUGGGGUGGGGUUAGAAAAUAUAAUAAGUGAUAAUUAUUUGGAGUGUUAUAACAAUGAAACAUUUCAAAAGGUUGAAAGAUUUAAUCGUUCAGAUUAUAUAUUAACAGCUUCAGGUAAUAAGGUAUGUAAAAACUCAAUAUUAUAUGGAAUGAGAAAUAUUCAUAUGUUAGGAAAGUCUAUAAUAAAAAAUAAAGCAAUAUUACGAGGAGAUUUGAACAGUUUAUAUAUUGGGAAAUAUGUUAUUAUAGGAUGUGGUACAUUAAUAUGUCCUUGUUUUACAAAUAAAAUAAAUAUACCAAAUGAAAUAUUUGAUAAUAAUAAAAUGGAAAAUCAUAAACCUGACGCUAGUUCUUAUAUUACUAUAACUAUUGGUAAUUAUGUAUAUAUUGGAAAUAAUUGUAUAAUAAAAGCAACAUAUAUAGGAAAUAAUGUCUACAUAGGUAAUAAUACCAUUAUAGGAGAAAGGGUAAUAAUAAAAGAUAAUGUAAUAAUUAAACAGAAUACUGUUAUACCGAAUGAUACUAUUAUAUCACCUUACUCAAAAUAUUCAGGAUGCCCUUCGAAGUUUAUCAAAUAUCUACCAGACUCUUCUGAAAUUUAUUUAAAGGAUAUUCCUUAUUUCUACUAUAAAAAUUUUAUACCUAAUCUGGAGGAUGAAUAA